GCGGAGCCUUUGACGCCGUGGCUCCGCCCCCGCGUACGUGCCUUCGCCCCCGCGCACCGACGCAGUCCGCCCGACCCUUGCUCUUCCCGCGCUGCAGAUGGUGCUGCCAGGGAGAGCCAUGGCUACUUUCCGCUUGGCCCUCAUCCAGCUUCAAGUUUCUUCCAUCAAAUCAGAUAAUGUCAAUCGAGCUUGUAGCCUUGUCAGGGAGGCAGCAAAGCAAGGAGCCAAAAUAGUUUCUCUGCCAGAAUGCUUUAAUUCUCCAUAUGGCACAAAAUAUUUUCCUGAAUAUGCGGAGAAAAUUCCUGGUGAAUCCACACAGAAGCUUUCUGAAGUAGCAAAGGAGUGCAGAAUAUAUCUCAUUGGAGGCUCCAUCCCUGAAGAGGAUGCUGGGAAGCUAUAUAACACCUGUGCUGUCUUUGGGCCUGAUGGAACUUUACUAGUAAAGCACAGAAAAAUCCAUCUGUUUGACAUUGAUGUUCCUGGAAAAAUUACAUUUCAAGAAUCUAAAACAUUGAGUCCUGGUGAUAAUUUCUCCACAUUUGAUACUCCUUAUUGCAGAGUGGGCCUGGGCAUCUGCUAUGACAUCCGCUUUGCAGAACUUGCACAAGUGUAUGCACAGAGAGGUUGCCAGCUGUUGGUGUAUCCUGGGGCUUUCAAUUUGACCACUGGACCAGCCCACUGGGAAUUGCUUCAGCGAGGGCGGGCUGUUGAUAAUCAGAUAUAUGUGGCUACAGCCUCUCCUGCCCGGGAUGAUAACGCCUCCUAUGUUGCCUGGGGACACAGCACUGUUGUGAACCCUUGGGGGGAGGUCCUAGCCAAAGCUGGCACUGAAGAAAUGAUCCUGUAUUCAGACAUAGACCUGAAGAAGUUGGCUGAAAUACGCCAGCAAAUCCCCAUUUUUAAACAGAAGCGAUCAGACCUCUAUGCAGUGGAGACGAAAAAGCCCUAAAGUUUGUUUCCAACAUCUCACAAAACAGGAAGAUACAAAUGUUUCUGUAGCAUAGCUUCUGUUGAUUCUUGUUUUGUAGGGGUGCUGAAGAUUGAACCAAGACUCAUGCAUAUUACCACUGAGCUACAUGCAUAGGCUCCUAUUGAAUUCUUUAAUGGUUUUUUAAAUAAAUUUCAGCCUUUUCCUCCUGGGAGAGCUGUCUGUUGAGAUGAUAAAGCCAUCUUGAAUAGUUAGAAAGGACACAGACUGGCAUCAAAGAGCAGAAAGUGGGGGCCAUGAAGCUUCUUUCCUUAGGUUAAAAAGUAUCUUGGUAUCCUGUUGGUUGAUGUACCUAAUACAAACCUUUUUGUAUAUUAAGCCUCUUAUCCCACCUGCUUGAGUUGGUCUGCUGCUAUUCGUCUUCAAAAGUAUAUUAAAGUUAUUGUUAGUCCCUGCAUAGCUGUGGGAAGCAAGAUGAUGGAUCCUUGGUGUUUGACAGAGGAUAUGGCAACCUUUUCUUUCCUAGCAGCUUUUGGGCUCUUUAAAUUCAAGAAGGAGCUAAUGACUUAACACUAGGCCUUCCUGAUCUUGGAGGAAAGGCCAGGUCAACAGUGAGCCUCAUGGGAAAAUGGCAUUGGUGAAAGCAACUCAGUGUGUCUGCAGAAGAUUUUUCUGAUAGGGUUGAGUGUCUGAAAAUAUCUUUUUCUGCUUUUUAGUUUGCUUUUUUCCCUAGUAAUACUUUAUAACUCCAUAGAUAAAAAACUUCUGAACCACUUUUGGUCUCAGAAUCUUCUUGGACUAAUGUGUUUUUAUUUAUGUGUAUAUGUGACCUGGUACAAUACUGCUCUAGCACACUACUAGUUUUACAUGAUACUUACCAUACUGGUAAAUAAAGCAAAAAUUAUAAACAAAAGACACAUGAGUAUAUAUAUUCUAUUUGCUAUGAGUGAAGACAUUAUAUAUCAUUUAAUCUCUGGAAAAUAGCACUGUGUACUCAUAAGACCAAGAGUGAAAAAGACAAAUAGCUUUUUAAAUUGUGUAUAAUUUGGUGAAAUUUUAUAUAUAAAGAACCAUGGAAUAACUCAAAUCAAGACAAUGAACGCACUUACCACCUGCAAGUUUCCCUGUGCCCAUUUAUAAUCCCUCUGGCUACUCUUCUGUCUUCGGACAAUCACUGGUAAACUUUAUCACUAAUGAUUAGUUUGCAUUUUCUUGAAUUAUAUAAAAAUGGAAUCAUGCCAUAUGUACUUUUUUCUUUUGGUCUUUAUUAUUUGGAGAUUCAUCUGUGUUUGUAACAGUUAUUUAUUCCUUUUUUAAAAGGAAUUGUUUAUCCACUUAAAUGUUGGUGAACAUUUGGGCUACUUUCCGUUUUUGGCUGUUGCAAGUAAAGGAGCUAGAACAUUUUAUACAAGUUGUUUAUCUCAUAUACGUAUUUCACUGCCAAACUGUUCUCCAAAGUGAUUUAUGAUUUUACAGUGGUGCUAGCCAGUUGGUCUACAUCCUCACGUACACUUGGUAUGGUUAGCCAUCAUAGCUAUCACUGGUGCUAUAGAAACAAAGAUACUUCAUAUUGAUGUAGCAUUCCUACAACAGACAAGGCAGAUGCUUGCUAAAACUUGGUUUUGUAUUUCAGUCGUGUUAUACCUGGUGAUCUUAUGGUGCAUUCAAAGACUAUGAAAGGAAACAAAUGAAGUAAGGAUCUCCUAUAACGAGUAUGAAACAUUUUAUUUUUGGAAGUGUGUGGUACCUGGUCAAUGUUUUUACCUUUUAGAAAAUGGUGUCUAAUGAAUGUUUUUAUGGAUGGAGUACAAAAGAUACUUUGCUUUCAUAACUAGUGGAAUAUAGGGGAGUUUACACACAAAAUGAAAAUGGUAAUAUCCAUUUAAAGAAGUGCAGGAACAAAGGUAUUUACUGAUACUCAAUACUUGGGGUAUUAUUAGUUUGGAAUUUUGCAUAAGAAAAGGGGUUUCAUUAACUUCUGACAUCCUUGUGUCAUGGCUGAAACCAUUUGAGUCACUUCAUUAAAUUUCUCUACACAGA